AACGAGUCCUUCAGCAUGUCUGUGACGGCUCUGUUCAGGAGCAAGUGGGGGCAGAAGUCUCAGCCCCAAGAGAAGCUUCAGACAGCUGUGGUCCAGCCCGGCCAUGAGGAUGAAGAUGAUGAAGAUGACUCCAAAGUUGGUUUCAGUAGAGAGACCAUUCGCAGGAACUCACGCUUUUAUCGCUCAAUGAGGAAAAAGAGGAUGGCCUCAUCUGAGUCGUCUGAAAGUAAGAAAACUUUAGGACUCAAACAUUGUAGGAUGGACCACAGUCCGUCCAGCAGAGCCGGAGGUUCUCCGUCUAACGCUCCUCUACCCUACAAGUCACCGUUGGUGCCCAGGGCGAGACGCCCUCAGCUUUCACCACGGCUCGAUCACUCUGCUGUGUUGCCAAGCAAUGGUUCGGCUAGCAGACCUGCUCCCAGUGAUGCUGGGGAUUGGAGAAGAGGAGGAGUGGGAGGAGGGAGGAGUGUGGACAUAUCUGCUGCCUCCAACAGCCAGCAUCAAGAUUUUAAAGCUGACAUGAUCACUUACCGGACUCACGGCAUUCACAGCGGAGACAUAAAGAAGCUGUCUGAGCAAACAGCUGCUGCUUGCACCGUACAGGAGGUCAGAGGGAAAACCAUGAGCUCCCAGCAGCCCAGCUCCUCCGGAGCAGACCGGGAGAACGCCAACCUCAGCUUGCUGAGCAACGGAGACAGCUCCCAGUCGAUCUGCCACAGCCUCAACAUCGUCAAAAACAUCGCCUUCCUCUACCAGGAGUACCGGGACACGUCCAAGCAGCAGGAGAUCGAGCAGCGGCGGCUGCGGGACCUCUCUCCUCGGGUCCCCACAGGGACGCUGGUGGCAGAGGUCUCGUCCCCUCCAGUGUUACAGCUGCAGCUCAGGAACAGUGCUCGCUCUCUGAGUCUAUGGCAGAACCUGGAGGUGGUGCAGGCAAGCGGCCUGCUGACCCAGUUACCACAGAGAGAAGUCAUAAUACAAGAGGCCAUGUUUGAGCUGGUCACCUCAGAAGCAUCGUACUACAAGAGUUUGGAAAUUCUGGAGACUCACUUCCUCCGUAACCCUUUCCUAAUCAACACGCUCAGCCAGUCCGAUGUGCAUUUUCUGUUCUCCAACAUUGAGGAAGUCAUGAAAGCCAGUGAAAGGUUCCUGAUGGAUCUCGAGCACCGGAUUGAGAAGUCGAUUCUGAUCUCAGAUGUGUGUGACAUCGUUUACUACCACGCAGUGGAACACUUCAGUGUCUUCAUCAAAUAUGUCAUUAACCAGGUCUACCAGGAGAAGAACUACAGACGCAUUCUAGAGGGGAACCAGGCGUUUCGGGAAGCCAUGGCCUCUCUGGAGAACCAUCCCCGGGUCCGGGGCCUGUCCUUCACCUCCUUCCUAAUCCUUCCUUUCCAGAGGAUCACAAGGCUCAAGUUGCUCGUACAAAAUAUCCUGAAAAAAGCAGAAGAAAACUCAGAGAGGGAAGCAAACGCUAUAAAAGCACAUCAGCAACUGGAGCAGAUCGUGAAGGAGUGUAACGAGGGGGUGAGGAAGAUGAGUCGCACUGAGGAGCUUAUCAGCAUCGAGAAGACUCUGGAGUUUAAAUCCAAGUCUGUUCCCAUCAUUUCCCACUCACGCUGGUUACUAAAGAAGGGCGAAGUGCAGCUGAUGGCUGGACCAAAGAGCACUAGGACCAUGCGGAGCCGGAAGCUCUACCAUCCAGUCUUCUUGUUCCUGUUUAACAAUCUGCUGCUGGUCACCAAGCGCAACUCUGGCGGGGACAAGUUUCAGGUUCUGGACUCAUGCACACGGGCCAUGUUGAGGACUGAAGAUCUGGAGGACCAGGGGCAGCUGCUGGCCAACGUCUUUAACCUGAAACUGCUGGAGAACCAAGAGGAGCGACCAGUUAGCUACAUGCUCAAGACCUCCAGUAUGAGUGAUAAGCUACGAUGGAUGUGUACUCUCACUCCGAACCGGCGAACCCGCUUCAUGUCUACGAGUGCCCACCAGCCAGACUCUCCACAGGUGCAGUGUAUCCAGUCGUACUCCUCUCAGGAGCCAGAUGAACUCUCCAUUGAGAUGGCUGAUGUUCUGAACCUCCUGGAGAGAACAGAAGAUGGUUGGAUGAUGGGUGAAAGGCUCCAUGAUGGAGAAAGGGGCUGGUUCCCUAGUCGUGUAGUCGAGGAGAUCCAGAGUAAGGAGGUCCGAGCCCAGAACCUGAGGGAGGCCUUCAGGAUCCAGCAAGCCCAGGAAGGUGGAGGAGGCCCACAAACUGGAGCCAGGAGUGGUUUAAGGGUGGGGAGACGCACACCAAGGGGCUCAAACUUCUCCAACCAAAUGGGGGAGAGCAGUGACGUAAAGCAGUGAAGCAUUCAGGGUCAUAUGCACUAAAACCAAUAAUCAGGAUAUAUGUGACUUAAAUACCAUAUGAUCCAUAUGAUGGCAUCUUGUCCUUUUGAUUUUCACUUAGCAGUUGAUGGUUUUAGAAAUCCACAUGAUUGACGUGCUUGAGUCAAUAACCUUGUACAUGCUGCAUGUCUCAUAUAAACUGGCCCACACGUUGUGGUGUAAUGCAUGGAGCAAAGCUCUUUGUCUGGUUAGCAGCUGUGUGUUGGGUUGGCAGCAACCCUAAAAGGUCUUGUAAUGGAACUGUAAACAUCCCUCAGCUGCAUGGGCAAGUUAAAACAUUUUGAAUAUGUUAAUUUAAUUGUAAAAUAGCCAUAAAUACUAAAUUACACCCCACAUGCACAACACAACAGCAAAUUGUACGGUGGGUCCAAAGGUGCAACACACUGCAACUUAAACACAUGCAACAAAAUGAAAUACAACAUUAAAUACAAAAAAUUGAAACACAACAAAAUAUA